AUGGGUCGGAAACGGCCAUCGAAGGCCGGAUCUGGCUCGUCUCAAGGAUCCGACUCCACAUCCGGCGAUGCUGCCGCAUCAGGCGGAAGUUCGCGUGGUGCUAUGGUGGUCUCUGGUAGCUCUAGCAGCAGGCGAGGCGCAGGCGACAGAGGGGUUUCAUCACAACAGGAAGAAGGAUCCAAGGGAACGGGUCCUGGUUACCUUGAACCCUCAGAUCCGCGAUUCGCGGAAGUGAAAUCGGAAUGCGAAAAGGCAGUGAAGGCGCUUCGGCGUGGCAACGCUCCGAAAGCGGUGAAGCUUAUAAAGGAAGCCACAGGAAAAUUCUCGUCCGUUCCGCUCUGCCACCGCGUGAACGGACACAUCCACCUGAAACUCGCGAACAUGAUCGAGGAUGCUUCCACGAAGCAGCGGCAUCUACGCACCGCGUUAGAAUCCGCGCUUAAAGCCACGGAACUCUCCCCGAACUCCGUCGAAUACUCCCACUUCUACGCGCAGCUUCUCUUCGAAGCGGCCGACGGGCGUGACUAUAGCGAGGUGCUGCGCGAGUGCGAGCGCGGGCUGGGGAUCGAAUCGCCGGUGGAUCCGGCGAAAGAGAGUCUGCAGGAGGAGAGUCAGCAGGAGCUGGCGACGCCGGCGGAGCGCGUGACGCACGUGCAGAACGAGCUGCGCGGGCUGCAGCAGAAGGCCAACAUCGCGUCGUUCUCCACCAUCUGGCGCAGCUUCGGCAACGGCGCGGACGAGCGGUUCAAAUUUUUGCAGGUGAAGAAGAUCGCAGACGACCCCAUCGAGCUGCGCAAUCAACUCCCCCCUUCCCGCCUUCAAGCCGUCGCCCUCCCCCUCCCCCCCCCCCCUUUGCUCCUUCAAAAGCAGGUGAAGAAGAUCUCAGAGGACCUUAUUGAGCCGCCCUCGUAUUUCCUCCUUCCCCGUUUCAAGCCCUCGGGCCUCCCCUCUUUGCCCAUCCCCACCCUCCCCUCCCUCUCCGCUCAAAAGCAGGUGAAGAAGAUCUCAGACGACCCUAUCGAGCCGCGCUCGUCUUUUCCCCUCCCUCCUUCCGUCUUCCUCAGACGUUCCUCGUCCCGCCUCCCCCACCCCCCCUGCCCCUCUUCCCCGGCCCUCGCUCAAAAGCAGGUGAAGAAGAUCUCAGACGACCCCAUUGAGCCGCGCUCGUCGCUGCCGCCGCGGCGCAUCCACGAGGUGAAGCGCGUGGUGCGCACGCUCGAGGAGCGCCGCCAGGAGAUCGAGGUGCGCGUCACGGCCGCACGCCUGCUGCAGCAACAGCAGCAGCAGCAGCAGCUGCAGCAGCAGGGGCAGGGGCAAGGCGCAGCAGCAGACGCAGGCGGAAUUUCCGGUUCCGCGCCCGCCUCGGAUGCUGCUCCUGGUUCCGCGUCCGCCCGCGGGGAGCGGAAAGCGGACGCGGAGGAGGACGGCGCAGGGGGGAAGGAUGGGGCGGGGGGGAAGAGGCGGGGGGGCCUGGACGGGGCGAAGAGGCGGAGGGAGGUGCUGGCGGGGAGGCGCGGGGCCAGGGCGCAAUCCGCAAUAGAGGAGAAGGUGGAGAAGGUUAGACCGUUCUGGAAGGCGCUGGGGCAGGAGGAGAAGGAUAAGAUUCUGGAUAUUCCCAUUGCUGACGUGUGCGAUGGCCUUGCCAAGUCAGCACGCGGCGGGAAGGGGGCGGGGGUGGGGAGCGCGGGCGGAGGGGGAGGCACAGGAGGGGGAGGUGGAGGGGGAGGGGAAGGGGGAGGCGGAGGCGGAGGAGGAAGAGGGGGAGGGCAUGUAUCUGCGAUCAGCUGCGGUGGUGGUACCGUUGGCUUGGGGGGGGAAUCUGCGGCGUCAGCUGCGGCAGCAGCAGCUGCAGCAGAGGAGCUUAUGUCAGAAGCGCUGAGUUUUGCCAAGGAGAGAAAACACUGGCAGUUCUGGGCGUGCUGUCUGUGCGACGAGAGGUUUAUAGAUGCGGAGUCGUUUCAGGCGCACAUGCAGGAGGAGCACAUAGGAAAGCUGAGCGCGGAGCAGGAGAGAAUGAUUCCCGAGGAGGAGGCGCUUUCUUGGGAGGAGAUUUUUACGAGGUUGGAUGUUACGCCUGUGGAUGGGAUUGAGGCGGUGAGGAGGCUUGUAGAGGGGAUGAGUGGGGCGGGUGGUGGGGUGGGUGGGGAGGGGGGUGGGAAGGGUGUGGAGGAGAGAGAGGGGAAGAGGAAGGGGAGUGAGGAGGGUGGUGAUGGCGAGAAGGAGGAAGAGGAGAAGGAGGGGAAGGAGGAGAAAGAGGAAGAGAAGGAUGAAGCGUGUGCGAUGGAGCUGGAUGGGGAGGGAACAGAGGAGGGAGAAGCGGAGGGAGCAAAGGAAGGAGCAGAGAAGGGAGCGGAGGAGGGAGCCAAGAAUGGAACGGAGGAGGGAGGUGAGAAGGGAGAAGGGGAGGGAGCAGAGGAGGGAGAUGUGAAUAUCGAGAAGGGAGUGGCCGCUGCUCUAGGCGAGACCAAAGGCGGGAGUGAGAAGGGGAAGAAGGGGGGCAGUUUGGGGGAUUCGGGAUUCGGAAAGGAUUCAGGUGAGGAGGAGAGAGAGAUGGAGGGUGAGGAGGAAAGUAAGGAGGUGAAAGUGGGUAGUGGCAGGGAUGGGAAAGAGGGGGGUGCGGGAGAGGAUGAGGAGGACGAAGAAGAAGAUGAGGAGGAGGACGAGGAGGAGGAGGAGGAAGAAGAGGUAGGUGAAAGCAAGUUGGGAACAGAGGAAGGUGGUGGUGUAGGGGAGAAGGGCUGUGUCACUGAAAAGGAAGCAGCAGCUGCGGCGGCAGCGGCGGCGGCUGCGGCAGAGGCAGCGGCAGCAGCAGCGGCAGCAGCGGCAGAGGGUUGCAGGCAUUGUGGGGAGUCGCUGCAGUGCCGGCGGCAUGCGAGAGCUCUGCCAGUAGUGCAGGACAGGGAGAGGCAGCGGGAGCUGAUGCGGCUUAAGCAUAUAGUGGAGCGCAUGCUUAAAGCGGGGAUACUGACGCGCGACCACAUGGCACGUAUGGUGCAGUAUACCAUGGUUCAGGUGCAAGCCAUGGCGGAGAGAGCUUUAGAGGCGCCUGCCGUGCCUCAAAAGUCGUUGCAGGUGCAAGGCAUGGCAGAGAGAGUGCAGAAGGGUUUGGAUGAGAGCGGGGGGAGUAGUGCAGGUGAAAUGGAAGAGAAGAGUGGGGAGGAGAAGGGUGGGGAGGAGAAGGGAAAGAAGGGUGGAGAAGAGAAGGGAGGGAAGGGUGGAGAGGAGAAAGGAGAGAAGGGUGGAGAGGAGGCGGGUGCAGCUGUUGCGGCUGUUUGGAAUGAUUCACUUAAGACGUUAGAUAAGGACACGCUGUUCAAGGAACGGAAGGAAGAGGACGCAUCCAAGGAAUGUUCCUUAGGUACGACUGAGGAGGAAGAGGGGAGGUCUAAGCCGUCUCUCGCUCGCGCCCCGGUCACUUUCACCCCGUCGCCAGUCUUUGUUCGUUUCCUGCCAGCGCGCGAUAUACAGGAGCUGCAGGCGUACCUGCUAGAAGCGGAACAGGGGGCGUACUAUAACGAGAACAAGGAGGCAGUGCUGCCUGACAGGCUCCUGUUAGACGAGGAGUUCACGAGGAUCAUUCUGGACGAGCGUGUGUUGAAGGAUGUGGCUGAGGAGCCUAAGCUGCCAGGCGAAGGGGCAGCGGGAGGAGCAGGGGGGCCGGUGAGUGGGGGAUCACAAACAGCAUCAGGAGGGGGCGGAGGGGCGGGACCCAGUGCUGGUACCCCUGCUUCUGGUGCCGGUGCUGGCGCUGGGGGUGGGGGUGGUGGUGCUUCUACUGCUGCUGCUGCUGCUGCUGCUGGUGCUGGUGGUGCGACUGGUGGUGCUGCUGACGUGCCCAAGCAUGACGAUUUGCAGCUCGCUUGGAUCUUCGGGCGAAUGGAUUAUGAGAUGGCAGCGUCAGCGUGGCGGUGUGCUUAUAAAGAGGGCCUGGAGAAGGCGAGGGAGGUGAUGGAGGGGCUAGACACGGAGUACAACUCGUUAAAGUCACAAUGCGAUAGAAGGAUAGAGCUGGGGAUUGCGGAGCGGAAGCUGAAGAAGAUGGAGAGGUUGUUUGAGAAGGAGAGGAGGCGGAGGGAGAGGGACCCAGGGCUUGUUCUGAGAGAAAAAAAAGAAGACGCUGCCUUCAGGUCUUUCCUACUUACUUCUUUCCCCUCACUCCCCCCCACCCCCUCCUCUACCCCCCCCGCUUCCCCCCCUUCCCUCCCCCAGCUCCCUCAGCCUCGCAUGCCGUGCGGCGACCUGCUCUCCCUCGCACCCUCCCACCUAGUUUUGAGGCGCCUCAAAACUAGAUUCCGCAGCCUCGCAUGCCGUGUGGCGAUCUGCUCUCCCUCGCGCCCUCCCACCUGGGUGGCACGUCCUCUCACUUCCCUCCUCCUGUCCCCCUUUCCCCCCAAACCCCACCCACCCUCCCUUUAUGGCCUCUCUCUUCCCCCGCCUCGCCCCCCCCCCUCGCAGCCUCGCAUGCCGUGUGGCGAUGUGCUCUCUCUCUCUCGCGCCCCUCGCAUGCCGUGUGGCGAUCUGCUCUCCCUCACGCCCUCCCACCUGGGCGGCACUGACUCAGAUGAGGACGAGCACGACAGCUGGCGCGGGCCGGAGUUCGCCGCCCAGCUGGACCUGCGCAUGGAGGGCGCGAUUCGGAGCCACAGGAGCAGCAUUCUGGCCGAGAAGGAGCAAGCAGAGGAGAGGACCCUGUGCCAUCUGGAGGCAGUUCAGAAGGCCAACGCCAAGCUCCACCAGGCGUCGGUCUUUGACUACCGCGCCGCCAUGCUGCCCAUCGUCAAGUCCUUCCUGCAGAACCGCCUCGAGCAAGCAGCGGAGCAGGAUGCACAAAAACGUUCCGACGCUGCCCAAGAGGCGUUCCUUGCUGAGCUGGACAAGCAGGGGCAGGUGGAAAAGAACCGGGAGAAAAAGAAGGGCAAAGAGCGUGCCAAGAGUGGGAAGGGUGGUGGUGGGGGAGGAGGCGCAGGGGGAGGAGUAACAGGAGGAGGAGGAGGGGAGAGUACUGGUAGGGUGGCAGGAGCAGAGGGAGGAGGAGAGGGCGAAGGAAGAGAGAUAGGGAGCAGUAGUCAGCUAAGGGACAGUGACAUGGAAGGAGUGAAUGAGGGCGAGGAGGAAGGGGAGGGGGGCAGAGAAGGACAAGUGGAGAAGAGGCAGGCAGUGGGAGAGAGAGACGGAGAAAAAGGAGAGAGAGAGAAGAGAGAGAAGAGGGAGAGGGAGAGGGUAAGAGAGAGGGAGAGGGUGCCACAGAGUGCGGCAGAGAGGGAGGAGGAGGCUCAGAGGCGGAGGGAGCAGCAGGAGAUUCUGAGGCAGCAGCAGGAGAUGGAGGACGAGGAGAGGAAGCUGGAAUGGGCUUUGUCUCUCCUGAGGCAAGCAGAGGAGGCGGCGAAACGGCAGAGAAUGGCCGAAUUGGAGCGGCUCAGGCUGAUGGGUGGUGGUGGGGAGGCUAAGUCAGGGGGAGGUGGGAGUGGUGGGGUGCAAGAGGUGAGGGUAAGGAUGGGGGAGGUGGAAGGGGGGAUGGUGAGAGGGAGGCAAGGGGAAUGGGAGGAUGGGAGUUGUGAGGGGUCGAGUUGGGAGAGGGCUAAUGGAGGUUCUGGGUUCGGGGUUUUGCAAGAGACGGCGGUGGUGCAAGGGGCGGAAGGGUUUGCUGCAGGUGCCGGUGCUGUGGGUGCGGCUGGUGGUGGUGGUGCUGCUGCUGCUGCUGCAGGGGCCAUAGGGGCAACAGGAUGGGGGGAACCGGGCCCCAGGGAGCUUUCGAGUGGCAUAGUGCGCACUAUAGCGAGUUCGAGCCAACGUUUGGGGCACAAGGGCCGCGGGAGAGACGUUGCUGUGCCUCCAUCCCUGCAGCAGCAGAAAGUGGCGAAUCAGCAAGGCGAGUUGCAGAGGUUCAGGGCAGGGCAGAGUCACACUCAGGGUGCUGCUGCUGCCCCUCCUCCUGCGAAUGCUGGGCUGCUGGGAGCGCCUCUCGCACAGAGAGCUGGUUCAGGUGAAAAUUCAGGUGCUGCUGCAGGCAGCGGUGGUGCUGUGUCUGAUGGAGGGAGUGCUGCUGGGUCUGGCGAAGGGGGGGGGGUAGGCGGUGGCAAGAAUAGGUCGAGGCGAAAGAGGGGCGGCAAGGGCAAGGCAGGCGGAAUGGGUGGGCAGAUGGAGGGGGGAUUCCAGGGGGGAGGUGGUUUGCAGGCGGGAGGGGGUUCACAGGGGGUGGUUCACCCUCCAGGGUUUAGUGGGUGGGGAGGGAAGGGGUAUGCCGGGGGGUGGGGUGAUGGGUCACAGGGGGAGGAGAGACAGGGUCGGGCUGGGGCUUGGCCGGGGCAGAUGGGCGGAGGUAUGGGGCCAGGUAUGGGAGGAGGUAUGGGUGGUGGAGGGAUGGGUGGAAGCAUGGGAGGAAGCAUGGGAGGAGGCAUGGGUGGAGGUAUGGGUGGAGGUAUGGGAGGAGGUAUGGGAGGGGGAAUGGGAGGAGGGGAGAGGGUUGAGGAGGCUGACGGUAGCAGGCAGCAGCAGCAGCAGCAGCAGCAGCAGCAGCAGCAGCAGCAGCAGCAGCAGCAGCAGCAGCAGCAGCAGCAGCAGCAGCAGGGCAGCAGGGCAGCAGGGGCAGCAGGGGCAGCAGGGGCAGCAGGGGCAGCAGGGGCAGCAGGGGCAGCAGGGGCAGCAGCAGCAGCAGCAGCAGGGGCAGCAGCAGCAGGGGCAGCAGCAGCAGCAGCAGCAGCAGCAGCAGCAGCAGCAGCAGCAGCAGCAGCAGCAGCAGCAACAGCAGCAGCAGCAGCAGCAGCAGCAGCAGCAGCAGCAGCAGCAGCAGCAGCAGCAGCAGCAGCAGCAGCAGCAGCAGCAGCAGCAGCAGCAGCAGCAGCAGCAGCAGCAGCAGCAGCAGCAGCAGCAGCAGCAGCAGCAGCAGCAGCAGCAGCAGCAGCAGCAGCAGCAGCAGCAGCAGCAGCAGCAGCAGCAGCAGCAGCAGCAGCAGCAGCAGCAGCAGCAGCAGCAGCAGCAGCAGCAGCAGCAGCAGCAGCAGCAGCAGCAGCAGCAGCAGCAGCAGCAGCAGCAGCAGCAGCAGCAGCAGCAGCAGCAGCAGCAGCAGCAGCAGCAGCAGCAGCAGCAGCAGCAGCAGCAGCAGCAGCAGCAGCAGCAGCAGGAGGAGGAGGGGGGGCAGACCAUCGCUGCAACCUCCCUGUCCGCUCGGCAGGAGCUUCGGUCGCCGGGCCUGCUGGUUUGGCGAGUCUGGUUCCAGGGCCGGUUGGGUACAUGGGGACGCAGGGAGGUGCCGGUGCUGCUGCUGCUGCUGCCACUGGUGGUGGUGCUGGCGACGGUGCUACUCCUUCCCAUGCUCAAUAUCCCCAUGCAGCCACUCUCUAUGCCCCUCCAGGCUUGCAUCCCUCCUUCCAAGGAGCACCAGUUGCAGGGGCAGUAGCAUCAACAGCAGGCGCAGCAGCAGGGCAGAUGGAACGUGCAGCAGCGGCGGCAGCGGGGGUGGGGGGAGAUCCGGCAGUGGUUAUGGCGUACCCUGCUGGGACUGCUCCUGGUGGGCUGGGUGCGUUGGGCAGGCAGGCAGGCGCAGCAGUGGCGGGGCAAGGAGGAGAAAGAGGGGAACGAGGGCAAGUAGGGCAAGCAGGGCAAGGAGGGGCGGUGGAGAUUGAGGAGGGGGGGGAGGAGUGGGAGGAGGAGGGUGGGAGGGAGCGGGUAGAGGGUAGUGAAAGGUUGAUGGGGGAAGGAAUGGAGGUUGGAAGAGACGGAGGAGAGAUGGGAGGAGAGGUGGGAGGGGAGAUGGGAGGGGAGGAGGGAGGAGCGGAGGGAGGAGCGGAGGGAGGAGCGGAGGGAGGAGCGGAGGGAGGAGCGGAGGGAGGAAUGGUGGGAACAGAGGUUGAAGGGAGGAGCGCCGCUGUGGAUAACGAGGAGGAGGAUGAGCAGUUUCAAGCGGACCUGCAACGAGCCAUGCAACAGAGCAUAGAGGAUCUGGAGCGUUCGUCUCACUCCCACUACUACCACUCGGCCGCCCGGCCGCCCCCCGAGCACCAAUCAGAAGCAGCCCUAAACCCCGCCAGCUCAGGAAGAAGCUCCGACAGCCUGGCAGCAGCGCCUGCCACGUCAGCAGACUGGGAUGCCAGCGUGGCGCUGACGCUACGAGAGGAGAGUGGGGAGUCGAGAGAGGGAGGAGGGGGAGGGGAGGGGGGAAUGGAGGUGGAAGUGAGGGGGGGCGGAGGGGGAGGAGGGACGGUGGAGAUGGUGUGGGGUGGUGCAGCAGGGGAGGAGGGGCUGGUGGGGCUGAGGAAUGAGAUCGGCGAGUACAACUGCUUCCUCAAUGUCAUCAUUCAGUCCCUGUGGCACUUGCGCAGGUUCAGGGAGAGGCUGCUGCACCCAUCCUGUCAACAACACUCCCAUCAGGGCGAUCCCU